AUGAAGAAAGCUGAAGUAGAGCGCCUAGCGCAGCCCGACUACUGGGACGAAAAAUACACCGCCGAGGGCGCCACAAAGUCGUUCGACUGGUUCCGCGACUUCCAGUCGCUGAAGCCCUUCUUCGCAAAGCACAUGCCCGACAAAGCUGCGCGCAUCUUGCACUUGGGGUGCGGGAACAGUACGCUAUCAGCGGACCUGGCGAACGAGGGAUACACAGACCAAGUGAUGGUGGACUUCUCGGAGGUGAUUAUCGCGCAGAUGAAGGAGCGCCAUCCGGAGAUGGUGUGGCAGGUGAUGGAUGUGAGGGAGAUGAAGUAUGGGGAUGCGGAGUUUGAUUUGACCAUUGAUAAGGGCACACUCGACGCAAUGCUCUCUGGCUCGCUAUGGGAUCUCGAGGACGUGGUGAGGGAGAAUACGACGCGGUAUAUCGACGAGGUUGCGAGAGUGCUGAAGCCCGGCGGGACGUUCCUGUACAUCACGUAUCGCCAGCCGCACUUCAUAAAGCCGAUCAUCACAAGGGACAAGGUCUGGCCGGACUUUCAGAUUGAGAGCUUGCAGGCUGAAGGCGGCAUGUUUGAGUAUUUUGGGUUUGUCAUGACGAAGCUGCGGUGA